AUGUAUACGAGCGAACGCGAUGCCACUUCGUGUGUUAGGCGUCUGAUGGAGAGGGAAAACAAGAUAGGCAUGCAUCGUUCUCUCCUUGAACUCCUACCAGAGACGAAGGAUUUGUCUCAAAUGAAGCCGUUUGUUUCCUUUAAGACGCAUUACUCGGAUUUUGUAGUUCGUGAAGUUUACCCCAAAUUCAAUGGUGGCGAACCUUUGAGGCUAGAUUCGCUCCCUUCAUGUACUCAAAAGGGAGAUUCGACUGAAAAGAAGCCUGAAAAGCGCCCACGUGGAGAACUUGUACCUAACGAAGAGGUAUUUAGCGCAGUGCGCGAAGCUUUGGCUCCUCUCAUUUUGCAGAGUGACCUCGAUAGGCUUCUCACCGGUCUUCAGCAAGGCGAAAAGAAGAUUUUGCUAAGUGAUACUACCAUGACCAAAAUCCAGAGAACGGCGAUCCAUCAGGCCAUCAAAGCAACCCUUACCAACACACAUGCUAGCUCUACGGAAGGAGGAUUUGUCGUAGUUCUCAAGGCCACAGCCGCAGAACGGCGUGAGGAGAAUCGACGCUCCAGGCCACUAAAGACUCGUCCAUUUCUUCACUUUACUUUGUAUAAGGAAAAUCUCGACAGUAUGCAUGCCUUUCGCACUAUGGCCAAGCAUCUCCACCUCUCUACGCGCCAAUUUCAGUACUGCGGAACCAAAGAUAAGCGCGCGGUCACGACGCAGCGGGUGGCGAUUCGAGAUAUGGAACCCGAGAAGCUUGCUAGUGUGAACAGAAUGUCAUUUGGGCCGCGCUGUGUGGUGAAGGUGGGCAGCUUCCAGGAGGAAGUAACAGGGCUGAAACUUGGCGAGGCCUGCGGGAACUACUUUCAGAUUGCACUCCGUCUUCAUCCCUGUUCACCAAAGAUUACAGACGCACAGCUGGCAUUGGUAAAGGCUGCCUUGGAAAGAAAAGGAGUCAUUAAUUACUUUGGACCACAACGAUUCGGCACUACCGAGAUGCUCACGAGCGAUGUGGGCUUUAUGCUGCUGCGAGGCGAGUACAAGGAAGGGAUUGAAGCAAUAUUCCAAUCGAAAGCAUGUAUCGAUCCUCGCAUAAGGGAAAUUCUCCCUCUUAUACGCGCCAAAGACUACGAGGGCGCUCUAGAAAAAUUGCCGUCCUACUGCUUUCAUGAACGUGAUAUAUUGAAGCAUCUGUCAAACUAUCCAAAUGAUUAUAUUGGCACACUGCAAGUUAUUCCACGCACACUCGGUAUGUUAUAUUUUCACGCUGUGCAGAGCCUCAUUUGGAAUCGUAUGGUGUCUCGACGUCUUUCCGAUGAGACUCGUACAUCGCCUGAGGUGGGGGAUCUGGUGCUAACAUCAGUUUACAAAGCCAAGAUGACUGAGUGGGUACCCAAGCAUGCUGAUGAGUGUCCUUUAAGUGAAGUCGUCUCUAACGAAUUAGGGUCAUCCGACGAAAAGUUACCGACCGUUCAGCUGCUUACCGAGCAAGACGACCUUUCACGGUUCGACUUGAGCGACAUCCUCCUACCGAUCCCAGGCCCAGACGAGGGGCUGCGCUACCCAGAGUGUCGUGGCUGCACAAAAGAAGAGUAUCAGCGCGAGAUGGAAAGCCUGGGUGUACCCACGAAUUUUCUUGAUCACACAACUUCUAAUCCAUUGGUUAAAAUUUUUCAUUACUACGGGACCUAUCGCGCAAUAUGCGUGAGGCCGCGGCGGUUGAAAUUGUCUUGCACUCUUGUUUCGGAUUGGCUACAGCGCAUUAUGUUGACCGACUGGGAGCAACUGAAGAUGGAGCUUUAUUACUAUAAACAAGCGGAAGCGGCUGGCUGCUCGCCUGCGUCGGUGGAACCCAAGCUGGAAAACUCUGACGGACGCGACGAAGCAGCACAUGAUUCACAGUCUGGGUUUCAGGUGAUCAUGGCGGAAUUUUUCCUUCCUUCAGGAAGUUACGCCACAGCGGUCCUACGCGAGUUUUGUGUCGCAAGCUCCGAAGGUUACCACGAAGAGGUUGCGCAAGUGGCAAACGGCAGUGAAUAA